UGCUUUCAAAAUAGAAACGACCCAUUUUCAUAAUAUUUCGAGCUGGAGCUGGUACUUUGAAAUGUCUUUAUAUUUUUAAAAACACUACUACUCACAAACCACUAACGGAAAGAAGAUUGAUCUCAUCCCAAAUCGAGCACCAUGUGUUUCAAUGAACUGGAGGGACGCUCUCUGCUCCCUGAUUGCCACAUUGCAGACCGGGUGUUCCUCUUUUCGUUGCUGCAUUCUCUGCAGGAACAGGAUCGUCGACCGGAGGAUGUAGAUGCCGAGUUGCGGGAUCGCUACAAUGUGUUCCGAGAGGUGCUGCCCAACUAUCCGGUGCCAGAGGUGCGCAUCUCCGGGAUCCCAUCUUAUAUUGAGGGUUAUCAGGAGGAACAGGAGCCGGUCUCGGUCUGCACGAACCCAGACUGCCCUUGAGAAAGGACCAGCGAUUCCAGCCUGAAGAGUGAUUCCGAUCAGGAUGCUAUUUCCGCCAACCGGAUAGACUAACUUAACUCGCUUUUCGUCAUCACACGUCCAGAUAAAUUUGUAUAGUGAAACUUUUGUUUUUCGUUAAAUGUCUGCAAAAUGCCGUUAAACGUAACGAAAGUAAAAUUUGGCCGUUAAAUGUUUAACAAUAAA